ACUCCAUUAAUUACACAAAAGGGGUAACUUGAUAAGCUUGUACACUCUUAGAGGGUUAUAUAUCUAAACAGAUGCAUAUAGAACUGACACUGUUGAAUAAGAACCAAGAACAGGAUCCAGCUAACUGGUUUUUAUUUUUUAAUACAGUUGAUGCUUGGUCCCUGGCUUUUUCACCUGAUUCCCAGUACCUUGCAACAGGAAGUCAUGUGGGAAAAGUAAAUAUUUUCGGUGUUGAAACUGGAAAGAAAGAAUAUUCUCUGGACACCAGAGGAAAGUUCAUCCUUAGCAUUGCAUAUAGUCCAGAUGGAAAAUACUUGGCCAGUGGAGCAAUAGAUGGCAUUAUCAAUAUUUUUGAUAUUGCAACUGGAAAACUUCUGCAUACGCUAGAAGGCCACGCCAUGCCCAUCCGCUCGCUGACCUUCUCCCCUGACUCCCAGUUACUUGUCACCGCCUCCGAUGAUGGCUACAUCAAGAUCUACGACGUGCAACAUGCAAACUUGGCUGGCACAUUAAGUGGUCAUGGAUCCUGGGUUUUAAAUGUAGCAUUUUGUCCUGAUGAUACCCAUUUUGUUUCCAGUUCAUCUGAUAAAAGUGUGAAGGUUUGGGAUGCUGGAACGAGGACCUGUGUCCAUACUUUUUUUGAUCACCAAGAUCAGGUUUGGGGAGUGAAAUACAAUGGAAGUGGGUCCAAAAUUGUGUCUGUUGGUGAUGACCAAGAAAUUCAUAUUUAUGACUGUCCAGUUUAAAUGUCUUGACUCGGAUGCUUCAGUAAAUCUCUUGUAGCAGUUUCAAGGGACUGCUACUGUCCUAUGUAAUUUUUUAGUAUGAUAAAAGCAUUCAUACUACUCUGCAAAACCAGAUCUAAUUUUGAUUUUGCUUAGCAUGAGAGAAAGCCUUACUUUUUUAAAAUAAAAGCUACAGUUCCAAGUC